AUGGCUCAGCAAGCUGCCGACAAGUACCUCUAUGUGGAUAAAAACUUCAUCAAUAACCCCCUGGCUCAGGCCGACUGGGCGGCCAAGAAGUUGGUGUGGGUCCCUUCGGAGAAGAAUGGGUUUGAGCCUGCCAGUCUGAAAGAGGAAGUGGGCGAGGAGGCCACGGUGGAGCUGGUGGAGAAUGGCAAGAAGAUCAAGGUGAACAAGGAUGACAUCCAGAAGAUGAACCCCCCAAAGUUCUCCAAGGUGGAGGAUAUGGCGGAGCUCACCUGUCUGAACGAGGCCUCGGUCUUGCACAACCUGAAGGAGAGAUACUACUCGGGCCUCAUCUACACCUAUUCAGGCCUCUUCUGUGUGGUCAUCAACCCUUACAAGAACCUACCCAUCUACUCUGAAGAGAUCGUGGAAAUGUACAAAGGGAAGAAGAGGCAUGAGAUGCCCCCUCAUAUCUAUGCCAUCACAGACACCGCCUAUCGGAGCAUGAUGCAGGAUCGAGAAGAUCAGUCCAUUCUGUGCACGGGUGAAUCGGGAGCUGGAAAGACCGAAAACACCAAGAAGGUCAUUCAGUAUCUGGCUCAUGUUGCUUCUUCACAUAAGAGCAAAAAAGAUCAGGGUGAACUGGAGAGGCAGCUGCUGCAGGCUAAUCCCAUCCUGGAGGCCUUCGGCAAUGCCAAGACAGUGAAGAAUGACAACUCCUCGCGAUUUGGCAAGUUCAUUCGAAUCAACUUUGAUGUCAACGGCUACAUUGUCGGAGCCAAUAUCGAGACGUAUCUGUUGGAGAAAUCACGUGCCAUUCGUCAGGCCAAGGAGGAAAGGACCUUCCAUAUCUUCUAUUAUCUCCUGUCAGGGGCUGGAGAACACUUAAAGACCGAUCUCUUGUUGGAGUCAUGGAACAAAUAUCGCUUCCUGUCCAAUGGGCAAGUUACUAUUCCGGGUCAACAGGACAAGGACAUGUUCCAAGAGACCAUGGAGGCCAUGAGGAUCAUGAGCAUUCCGGAUGAUGAGCAGAUAGGUCUGCUGAAGGUGAUUUCGGGGGUUCUCCAACUAGGCAAUAUUGCCUUCAAGAAGGAGCGCAACACCGAUCAAGCGUCCAUGCCCGACAACACAGCCGCCCAGAAAGUGUCCCACCUUUUGGGAAUCAAUGUGACAGAUUUCACCAGAGGAAUUCUCACCCCCCGCAUCAAGGUGGGGAGGGAUUAUGUCCAGAAAGCCCAGACCAAAGAACAGGCCGACUUUGCGAUCGAGGCUUUGGCCAAAGCUACCUACGAACGCAUGUUCCGCUGGCUGGUCAUGCGUAUCAACAAGGCUCUGGAUAAGACCAAGAGGCAAGGGGCCUCCUUCAUUGGCAUCUUGGACAUUGCUGGUUUUGAAAUCUUCGAUCUGAACUCCUUUGAGCAGCUGUGCAUCAACUACACCAACGAGAAGCUGCAGCAGCUGUUCAACCACACCAUGUUCAUCCUGGAGCAGGAAGAGUACCAGCGGGAGGGCAUCGAGUGGAACUUCAUCGACUUUGGCUUGGACCUGCAGCCCUGUAUCGAGCUCAUCGAGAAGCCGGCUGGUCCUCCCGGCAUCCUGGCGCUGUUGGAUGAAGAAUGCUGGUUUCCAAAAGCCACCGACAAGAGCUUCGUGGAGAAGGUGGUGCAGGAACAGGGCACUCACCCUAAAUUCCAGAAGCCGAAGCAGUUGAAGGACAAAGCUGACUUCUGCAUCAUCCACUAUGCUGGCAAGGUGGAUUACAAAGCAGACGAAUGGCUGAUGAAGAACAUGGAUCCUCUGAACGAUAACAUCGCUACUCUUCUCCACCAGUCCUCGGAUAAAUUUGUGUCUGAGCUGUGGAAAGACGUUGACCGCAUCAUUGGGCUGGACCAAGUGGCUGGCAUGUCUGAAACUGCCAUGCCAGGGGCCUUCAAGACCAGGAAGGGUAUGUUCCGUACUGUGGGUCAGCUCUACAAAGAGCAGCUUUCGAAGCUGAUGGCCACUCUGAGGAAUACCAACCCCAACUUCGUCCGUUGUAUCAUCCCUAACCACGAGAAGAAGGCUGGCAAACUGGACCCCCACCUGGUUCUGGACCAACUGCGCUGCAACGGGGUGCUCGAGGGCAUCCGCAUCUGCCGGCAGGGCUUCCCCAACCGUGUCGUCUUCCAGGAGUUCAGGCAGAGAUAUGAGAUCCUGACUCCAAAUUCAAUUCCCAAAGGAUUCAUGGAUGGGAAGCAGGCGUGUGUGCUGAUGAUCAAAGCCCUAGAGUUGGAUUCCAACCUGUACCGCAUUGGGCAGAGCAAAGUGUUCUUCCGAGCUGGCGUGCUUGCCCAUCUGGAAGAGGAGAGAGACCUGAAGAUCACCGAUGUCAUCAUAGGCUUCCAGGCGUGCUGCAGGGGCUACCUGGCCAGAAAGGCUUUUGCCAAGCGCCAGCAGCAGCUUACGGCCAUGAAGGUGCUCCAGAGAAACUGUGCCGCCUACCUGAAGCUGCGCAACUGGCAGUGGUGGAGGCUGUUCACCAAGGUCAAGCCCCUGCUGCAGGUGAGCAGGCAGGAGGAAGAGAUGUUGGCCAAGGAGGAGGAACUGGUGAAGGUCAAAGAGAAGCAGGUGGCUGCAGAGAAUAGACUGACGGAGAUGGAGACCCUCCAGUCCCAGCUGAUGGCCGAGAAGAUGCAGUUGCAAGAACAGCUGCAAGCAGAAACCGAGCUCUGCGCCGAGGCGGAGGAGCUAAGGGCUCGCCUCACCGCCAAGAAGCAAGAGCUAGAGGAGAUCUGCCAUGACCUUGAGGCCAGAGUAGAGGAAGAGGAAGAGAGGUGUCAGCACCUACAGACCGAGAAGAAAAAAAUGCAGCAGAAUAUCCAGGAACUGGAGGAGCAGCUAGAGGAAGAGGAGAGUGCGAGGCAGAAGCUGCAGCUGGAGAAAGUGACCACCGAAGCCAAACUGAAGAAGCUGGAAGAGGAACAGAUCAUCAUGGAAGACCAGAACUGCAAGCUGGCCAAGGAGAAAAAACUGUUGGAGGACAGGAUAUCUGAGUUCACCACCAAUCUCACAGAGGAGGAGGAAAAAUCCAAGAGCCUGGCUAAACUCAAAAACAAACACGAGGCGAUGAUCACGGACCUGGAAGAGCGCCUGCGCAGAGAGGAGAAGCAGCGGCAGGAGCUGGAGAAGACCCGGCGGAAGCUAGAGGGAGACUCCACUGACCUCAAUGACCAGAUCGCCGAGUUGCAGGCACAGAUAGCUGAACUCAAGAUGCAGCUGGCCAAGAAGGAGGAGGAACUGCAGGCCGCCCUGGCCCGAGUGGAGGAAGAAGCCGCUCAGAAGAACAUGGCCCUGAAAAAGAUCCGGGAGCUGGAGUCUCAGAUCUCUGAACUGCAGGAAGACCUGGAAUCGGAACGGGCUUCCCGGAACAAGGCCGAGAAGCAGAAGAGGGACCUGGGAGAGGAACUGGAAGCGCUGAAGACGGAACUGGAGGACACACUAGACUCCACGGCUGCCCAGCAGGAACUCAGGUCGAAGCGGGAGCAGGAAGUGAACAUCCUGAAGAAGACCCUGGACGAGGAGGCGAGGACUCACGAGGCACAGAUUCAGGAGAUGAGGCAGAAACACUCCCAGGCCGUGGAGGAGCUGGCAGAGCAACUGGAGCAGACCAAGAGGGUGAAAGCAAACCUCGAGAAGGCUAAGCAGGCCCUGGAAAGCGAGCGCGGGGAAUUGGCCAAUGAGGUCAAGGCCCUUCUGCAGGGAAAAGGAGACUCCGAACACAAGCGCAAGAAAGUAGAGACCCAGUUCCAGGAGCUGCAGGUGAAAUUCAACGAGGGCGAGAGAGUCCGGACGGAACUGGCCGACAAAGUCAGCAAGCUGCAGGUGGAACUGGACAACAUCACAGGCCUUCUCAACCAAUCGGAUAGCAAGUCCAUCAAGCUCACCAAGGACUUUUCUGCUCUGGAAUCCCAGCUGCAAGAUACACAGGAGCUGUUGCAAGAAGAGAAUCGCCAGAAGCUGAGUCUGAGUACCAAGCUGAAACAGAUGGAAGACGAGAAGAACUCCUUCAAGGAGCAACUGGAGGAAGAAGAGGAGGCCAAGAGAAAUCUGGAGAAACAGAUCUCCACCCUGCAUGCCCAGGUAGCCGAUAUGAAGAAGAAGAUGGAGGACGGUGUGGGAUGCUUGGAGUCUGUGGAGGAAGCCAAGAAGAAGCUGCAGAAGGACUUGGAAGGCGUGAGCCAGCGUUACGAGGAGAAGGUGGCGGCUUUUGACAAGAUGGAGAAGACCAAGACCCGGCUGCAGCAGGAGUUGGAUGAUUUGCUGGUGGACUUGGACCACCAGAGGCAGAUUGUCUCCAACCUGGAGAAGAAGCAAAAGAAGUUUGAUCAGCUUCUGGCCGAAGAGAAGACCAUCUCGGCCAAGUACGCGGAGGAGCGUGACCGGGCCGAGGCCGAGGCCAGGGAGAAGGAGACCAAGGCCCUCUCGUUGGCCCGGGCCCUGGAAGAAGCCAUGGAGCAGAAAGCAGAGCUGGAACGGCUCAACAAGCAGUUCCGCACGGAAAUGGAGGAUCUCAUGAGCUCCAAGGAUGACGUGGGCAAGAGCGUUCACGAGCUGGAGAAGUCGAAGCGAGCCUUGGAGCAGCAGGUGGAGGAGAUGAAGACCCAGCUGGAGGAGCUGGAGGACGAGCUGCAAGCCACCGAGGACGCGAAGCUGCGGCUGGAGGUCAACCUGCAGGCCCUGAAGGCCCAGUUUGAGCGAGACCUCCAGGGCCGGGAUGAGCAGAGUGAGGAGAAGAAGAAGCAGCUGGUCCGACAGGUGCGGGAGAUGGAGGCCGAGCUGGAGGAUGAGCGGAAGCAGCGCGGCAUCGCCGUGGCGGCCAGGAAGAAGCUGGAGAUGGACCUGAAGGACCUGGAGGCCCACAUCGACACGGCCAACAAGAACCGGGACGAGGCCAUCAAGCAGCUUCGCAAACUGCAGGCCCAGAUGAAGGAUUACAUGCGGGAGCUGGAUGAUACCCGCACCUCCAGAGAGGAGAUCCUGGCCCAGGCCAAGGAGAAUGAGAAGAAGGUGAAGAGCAUGGAGGCCGAAAUGAUCCAGCUGCAGGAGGAACUUGCUGCCGCCGAGCGGGCCAAGCGCCAGGCCCAGCAAGAGCGGGAUGAGCUGGCGGAUGAGAUCACCAACAGCAGUGGCAAAGGAGCCCUGGCACUGGAGGAGAAGCGGCGACUGGAGGCCCGCAUUGCCCAGCUGGAGGAAGAGCUGGAGGAGGAGCAGAGCAACACAGAGCUAGUCAACGACCGACUGAAGAAAGCCAAUCUCCAGAUCGACCAGAUCAACACCGACCUGAACAUGGAACGCAGCAACGCCCAGAAGAACGAGAAUGCCCGCCAACAGAUGGAGCGCCAGAACAAGGAGCUCAAGGUCAAGCUCCAGGAGAUGGAGAGCACCGUCAAGUCCAAGUACAAGGCCUCCAUCACCGCCCUGGAGGCCAAGAUCGCCCAGCUGGAAGAACAACUAGACAACGAGACCAAGGAGCGCCAGGCCGCCUGCAAGCAGGUGCGCCGUGCAGAGAAGAAGCUGAAGGAUGUCGUGCUGCAGGUGGAUGACGAGAGACGGAAUGCCGAGCAGUACAAGGACCAGGCCGACAAAGUGAACGCCCGCCUGAAGCAGCUGAAGCGCCAGCUGGAGGAAGCGGAAGAGGAAGCACAGAGAGCCAACGCUUCCCGCCGGAAGCUUCAGCGGGAACUGGAGGAUGUCACGGAGACUGCCGACGCCAUGAACCGCGAAGUCAGCUCCCUCAAGAACAAACUCAGGCGUGGCGACCUGCCGUUCGUCGUACCCCGCCGACUGGCCCGAAAGGGCACGGGUGACUGCUCGGACGAGGAAGUGGACGGCAAGGCAGAUGGUGGCGAAGCCAAAGCUACUGAAUAAUUCUCUUCUCCCCCCCGCCCCGCCCCCGGCCCCUCGGUGUAGAGCGACACCGUCCCCCCCACCCCGCCUCCCCGCCACACACCUCACCCUCCUAGAGACUGCUGCGAUUUCCCCCUCACCCGCCUCCCCUGACCCCCCAGAUCUGGGAGCGUCGGAACUGCAGAACACAGAGAACCCUUCUCUUUCCACGUGCCUUGUAUGUGAAGGCACCCGCCUCCCGGCUACCAACUCUUCUGUGACUCAAAAUAGCAAGGAGUCAGGGCUCAGGACCCCCCAGCCUCGACAGCGCGACCCCGGCUGGGGCUAGGGGUAGCCCCGCCCUCCCCCGCCGGAAACCCCAGCAGCUGAGGCCGGCGGGAAGAGAGGAAGGAGGGACCGGGAUCGAGUGUCUUCUGUUCGUCUAUUUCUCUUCAGAUUAAAGGAGUCUCAUCCGUCGGGUGCAGGGGGCAAGUCCUCUCUGCCUCCCCUCCCCCUGCCCGCUUCUUCCCACCCGUCUGCUGUUGGCAAUCAUGUCUGAUGACCUCACGGCUGCCCGCCGCCUCACCCGCCUGGCUCGGGGGACGGGAUGCUCGGCGGGGAGGGGGUGGUGGCAGGGACACAAACGGCCUCAUCCUGCCUCCCCGUGGGGAGGGGUGGGGGGUGGCGUUGCUUCCAGGGAUGUCUGCCAAAGCCUUACUCUCCCGACUCCGUGUCCGGAACCGGCUCAAGUGCAAUGAUCCCCCACCCUCCUCAAGCCUUUCCUGAGACCCUCCCUUCUCCCACCCCCUUUCUCCCUCUCUCUUUCUCUCUCUCGGGGACCAAAUCUGUUCAACGGUCAGAGACACCCCCCCCUCCCCAAGGGCAGGGCCUGGCGGCUGAGGGGUCAAAAGGGAAAGAGACGGACCCCCACCCUCUCCACUGGUCCCUUCCCUCGUCCUCUCGCGAACCCGCCCCGGGCCCCAGGCCUGCGGCUGGUGGUCGGUUCUGCACCGCUGACCGAGUAUAGUUGAGACCCUUUAAGACCCUUUAAUCUGCACAGAUAUUUUUUUUAAAGUCUUGUAUCUCUCGUAAUGAAUAAUAAAAUAAAGGUCUUUAUCACUGCCUUCCUAUCGGGACCGUGGAUAUAUAGAGAGUAGUCUUUACUUUUUUACACCGUACACUGGUUGCUGGAUUUACCUAUAUUCUUAACUGUAUUGUAUAUGCUGCAUUUAGCAACGAAAACUAACUAGAAAAGUACCAACCCUUCAGUAUAUAGAGCUGCGUCCGCCUUCAAGCUCUGAAUGCAGGUCCCAGUUGCUGUCACCGGAAAAUGACCUUAAACCCUCCCUCUCCCCCACCUUUUUUUAUAUAAUAAAAGUGCCUUAGCAUGUGCUGCGGCCGCCCGCUUCUUACGGAUCCGUGGUUGACGUUAAAGCCACUGGGAAAUACAAUAAAGAUGACCAUGUGCUACAAA